UCAGUUUAUUAUAUAUUUUUUAUUAUAUUGUAAAUAGAUAUUAAAAAUGAUAUAAGUAGAUUUAAAGAUAUUGAAAGUAUACAUUAAAAAUACGGUAAGUAAAUAUUAAGGAUAAUGUAAAUAGAUAUUAAGAAUACAGUAAAUAGACAUUAAUCUUUAAUGGGUUGGGCUUGAGAUACGUCUCUUAAAGAGACGAUCACUCAAGAGAUUAGCUAUAUUUUUAAUGUUCAUUGUUUUUGGGUUAUCAGAUCGAUUUAAAAUCGAUUGAUGUGUCUAUGUUAAUUUUUAUAUAAUUAUAAAUUUUUUUUGAAAUCGAAUUAAAAUCUUAUUUUAUUUAUAAAGUCAAAAAAAUAUUAAAUUAUGAAGUCUAGUUUAAAUACCAAAUUUAAUUAAUUACUCCUGUAACAUUAAAAAUUAAAAAGCAACUAAAAACGGCUGCACCUUUUAAUACUACUGCUAUCACAGACCCAUACGCAAACUACUCCUAGGGCCCUAGCACUAGCACAUUGGCAUUUGGCAUCCCCUUGUUCUUAAUUUUGUUCCAGAGACAUGGGUACUAGUUAAGUUGGUAUAUAGUUAGAGUUGGUCUUAAACACGACACGAAAUAACAUAAUUUUAAAAAAUGACUCACUUUAUUUUUUUCAACUAAAAGAAAAAAAAAAUAAUAAAUCAAUUUGAGAUAUGAUCUAGCAUUUUAGCUUUUUAACUUGUGCCAUGUCAAGGCUUGAUUUUGCCUUGACAAAGCAAGAUACAUGACAGACUCAAGCACGACAUGACACUGUCCAUAGCUUGUUAGUCUAUUAGACAUAAUUUACAACCCAUUUCACAAACAAAUAUCAGGGGAGGUUGUCAUAAUUUUUUUGUUGAAUUUUAGCAGUUUGAUUUGAGAAAAACAUUACAAAUUCUCAAAAAUAAAUUUUAACACUUUUGAGGUAGUAUUUUACAAGAACUAGUACUUUAUACUUUUAACUUAAUAUUUCGUUUUACAGUAAACACUUAAAAACUAAAUAAAAUAGCAUAAAAAAUUAAAUACAUGACCUAGAGUCAAAUACUCAAAUGAUAUGGUAACAUAAAAACUUGGACGAGACCAUCACAAGUUAAAACAAAAUGUGGGUCGGCUCAUUUCAGCCCGUGUAACAACAUUUUAAUUUUCUGGUUAUUUAUUAAUUUUAACCUUAAAAGUAUCAAUUUUGAAAAAUUGAUAUAUUUAAGGUCAAAAUUGAUACUUUUAGAUAAAAAUUAAAAAAAGCCCAGAAAAUAAAAAAUAUGCUCAAAUUGAGGGUUUCAUUAUGAGAUUGUCUCGUCCAAGACUAACUAAUAUAAAAAAUCAUAAUUUACUGAUUUAGAUAAUAAAACAUUAAAAUAAAUAAAAAAUAUUAAUUCAUAUAGCCGACGAGCAUAAAUAUAGGAGUAUGAUACAAUUCAUUUAUUCCGGACCCAUAUGAUUUAUGAAUAUGUGAUCGGAAGUAGCUCAUAAAAAUACAACUUCUCUUCCUCAAUUUAUCACCAAAAUUAUAAUUAUAAAUGUAGAAAAAUAAAAGUAUGGGUCCUUCCUUCCUUCCUAGUCUCCUUCUCUGCAAUAAUCUCGAUUAGUUGCCUUACAAACAUACAGACACAUACUGAUAAUUCCAGCUAUCUCUGUUCUGUAAAGUGCACGUACUUGCUUCUUUCAUGCUUCAUAUACGGGGCAUGAUGAUGAUGAUGAUGAUGAAAGUUGAGAAAAGUGGUUUGUGUGUUUUAUUGAAGUUAUGAGGAAAAGAGAUUAAUAUUAGUUGCAUAGGUAGAAAUUGGACUUGGGGAGGGUUUUUUAUGCAUUUUUAGGGGGUUAAGAAAAUGCAAAGGGUUAGGGUAUCUUCUAAGCAUUCACCAGUUCUAAAGCUUGGUGAUUCUCAAUUAUCAUUAUCCCCAAAAUUUAGAGUAGCAGCAAUUAAGUCUCAUUUAGUAGAUCCUUCGUCAGAUUUGGAGUUAGCUAUAAAAGGGCAGCCUCUAAUUCCAGGGCUUCCAGAUGAUGUUGCUUUAAAUUGUCUAUUAAGGCUUCCUGUUCAAAGUCAUGCUUCUUGUAGAGCGGUUUGCAAGCGAUGGCAUCUGUUAUUAGGCAAUAAAGAACGGUUUUUUACUCGAAGGAAGGAGUUAGGGUUAUGUGAUCCUUGGUUAUUUGUGUUUGCCUUCCAUAAAUGUACUGGAAAGAUACAGUGGUUGGUUCUUGACCUUGCUCAUUUCACAUGGCAUACCAUUCCUGCAAUGCCGUGUAGGGAAAAAGUUUGUCCUCAUGGUGUUAGGUGUGUUUCGAUACCGAAAGAAGGUACCCUUUUUGUAUGUGGUGGUAUGGUGUCCGGUGUGGAUUGCCCCCUUGAUGUUGUUUUGAAAUACGAAGUUCAUAAGAAUCGGUGGACUGUGAUGAAUCAGAUGAUAACGGCUCGAUCAUUUUUCGCCAGUGGGGUGAUUGAUGGAAUGAUUUAUGUAGCAGGGGGGAAUAGUGCAGAUCUUUUUGAGCUUGAUGCUGCUGAGGUUUUGGACCCCAUUGAUGGGUGUUGGCAUCCCAUUGCAAACAUGGGAACUAAUAUGGCCUCGUAUGAUGCGGCUGUACUUGACGGAAAGCUUCUUGUGACAGAAGGAUGGUUGUGGCCUUUCUUUGUUUCACCUCGAGGGCAGAUUUAUGAUCCAAGAACUAACAACUGGGAGAACAUGCCAGUUGGAUUAAGGGAAGGAUGGACUGGCUCUAGUGUUGUCGUUUUUGGGUGUUUGUUUAUUGUCUCUGAACACGAGAGAAUGAAGCUUAAGGUCUAUGAUGUGAAUUCCGAUUCAUGGGAACCUGUAGAAGGCCCACCUCUACCUGAACAAAUAUGUAAGCCUUUCUCCGUAAAUUCUUGCAACUCCAAAAUAUAUGUUGUUGGUCGGGAUCUUCAUGUAGCCGUGGGCAAGAUUUUGAAAGUAAAAGAUGAAGAUGGCUCUGAGAAGAAAUUAAGUUUUGCGGUUCGAUGGCAUGUAGAAGAUGCUCCUAUGGCCUUCUCUGAUCUGACGCCCUCAAGUUCUCAGGUUUUGUUUGCAUAGCUUGUUGUUUUCUGUUGUUGGUGUUUUCGAGUUGUCUGUAAUAAUAUGUAAUUGUUGAGUUUGUAGAGUUGUAAUUGCUUCCUUCGGAAGAAUUUGCAUCAUUGUUUUAUCUAUAGAAAGAUGGAAUAUGUGAGUUGACGGGUUGUGUAGUUUAGAAUAAUAUAAAUACUUAAUUAGUCAA